CAUAAAGUUUGACUUGUAAAGAUCCAUCACAAUCCGAAGUACACAACAAGGGACCGUCCGUUUCCCAAUAACUUAAAUCACCAAACCCAAGACCCAAUGCACAACUCCCAAUGCAUAAUUUACAAGUCAAUGCAUGUAUGCAACAACGUAACAUUCUUUUAAUUAAUGAGAAGAUUAACCUCAAACUCCGAAAACACAUAUUAGUGUGUGAAACGAGAUCAAGAUUUAACGUACUUCCUUCUUGUUAACGGGUUCAAAACCGCCCAUGAUCUCUACAUCUACCUUACUCUACCAUAGUACCCCUCUAUUUCUAUAUAUGUAUAUAUACAUGAUACAUCUUAUUCUUCACUUCAGAAAAAGCUAUACUCGAUCUUUACUUUCUCUCUCUAGAAAUGUUUGACCAAAUGAUGCUACACUACCCACAAAGGCCGAUCGAAAAUAGGUGGAAACCUAGUGUUGAAAUCGCACCAAAUUGUCCGAGGUGUGCCUCACCCAACACCAAGUUUUGCUACUACAACAACUAUAGCUUGUCACAACCUAGAUACUUUUGUAAAGGUUGUAGAAGGUAUUGGACCAAAGGUGGGUCCCUUCGAAAUGUUCCUGUAGGGGGAGGGUGUCGAAAGAAUCGACGAUCCCGACCUAUCCGGUCAUCACAGACCGGGAAUGGUAGUUCGGGUUAUGUUAGUAACCCGAGUUACAGUGGUGACUCUGCUAACGAGUCACCUGAACGGGCCAAUAUUGACCUUGCUGAUGUGUUUGCUAAGUUCUUGAAUCAAAGUUCGGAUGAUCAACAAAAUGAUGAGAUUGUGGGUGAAGAUUCUCCUAGUGGAUCUGAAAUGUUGCUAUGUGAUUUCACCGAGGAGGCUGAAUUGCAGAACAUGGUGGUUCCUCCAUUUACAGGCGAAGACAAUGAGAUUGAAGAAUUUGUGGUUCAAAACACGAACCUUCUUGAGCUACAAGAUAUACUUAAUGAAGAAUUGCCACAAGAUAUAUCUUGGAGUGAUGACAAUACCACACUUUCGAGUUUCACAUGGCAACAAGAUUUUGAACCUUUCAUAUGCAACAACGAUGAUCUAAACAUAUCUUCGGACGUAGUUACUGAUAACUGGAGCUCAACACCUUUGGAUCUGCCAUUGGUCGGAAAUUUUUUUCAGAGCUUUUAAUUUGAUGAAUUCUCUUCCUCAUCAUUUUUUUCAUAAUUUUUAUAUAUUAGGAAAAAGUGUUUGUCUUGGAAGUUAAAUGUCACAUUCCAAGAAAACGAUACAUAUACUGAUAUACAUUUAUACAUAUGGGUAUUAUUAAAUAUAUACUUAGCUAAAUACA